ACAGGCAGGCAGACACACAGACUAACUGGAGAGUGAAGAUAUUUUACCACUGCUGAUAAGAUAUAAACUACAAUUAAGAAACAGUCAGGUGCUGCAUCAGAAAACCUACAGGAUGUGUUGCCAGUGAGACUGGACCACAAUCUGGUACCAAACCAUUCUGACCAGUCUCUGGCUACACAAGCUCCUCCAUCUGUACAGGAAGACGCACCGCACAGAGUGCCAAUGGCGAGCACACCCAAGAAGUGGGUUAUGCAGCCCUUUUCUCCCAAACUGGAGCAGAACGACCUUAGAACCCUACUGAGCCCCAAGAGUGAGAUUACUGGUCUGGGCAGUGGCUACAACAAAGCCUCAGAACCAAAUGUCUUAACCUUCGACAGUAUCACUGUAGUGCAUUCGCAGCCCUCAGUGACGGUGUCGUCCAAGGUGAGGGAGGGUCAGAGAGACGUGCUGGUGCAGGCCAGACAGGUGGCGGUUUCCAAUGAGGACAACAACAGCGAGGACUGGCACCCUAGCAGCCCCAGCUGUCCCAGCAGCCCCAGCAGUGCAGGGUCCCAUAGUGGCUUCUACUCCUUCGUAGAGAGGAGUCUGAGCCCUGAAGCAGAGAAAACCGAGGCCUGGAUGACCUCUCCAGAAAGGGAAGCUAAGCUAGCAAUCCUGAAAGAAGAAAAUGGCUAUAAGCUGCGGGCAUACACAGAGGAGAGGAGGCCAGAGAAACUGUUCCAGGAGGGCAAUGGGGACUCGCAUUACCACGUGGGUGACACAGAAGACACUGAAGAGGAACAGGAGCAGAAGCAGAUUCAGGAGAGGCUGGAGAUUAUCCGCAGCCAGGCCCCCAAAGUGAAACCUGUUUUCAAAGACCAGUGGAGCGAUCUGGAACGCAGCUUGGACCUCAGUUACUCCCCUCAAAGGCUGUUGGAGGGGUUGAGUCUGAGCUAUGGCUCACAAAGAGGAGAGGUGCAGCAGACCGGGGCUGAGCCAGGCAACAUAGACACCGAGAAGAUCAGUUUCAGUGCAGCACGACAGCAGUUCCUGAUGAUGGAGCAGUCCAAACGCAAUCCUUUCCUGCAAAGUCCCCAGCAGCUCUUGCACUUCCCUAAACAUCAGGGAAGACCUUCGCAGUCAGAGGUAAUGACGGUCACAUCAAGGAAAGUGAAUGAGGAUGGCCUCACUGAGGAACAGGAGAGUCAAAGCAAAACUGUGAAGCCAGACCCAGUUGAAGACCAGGCUGUUACCAGCAAAAUUGUGACCGUGUCCAUCACUGAAGAGAGUGGGACCAAGAGGCAGAGCAGCUUCUUUGAUGACCUCGACUCUGGAUUGGGGGAUUUGUCAUUGGAUCCAAGCGGGGGGUACAUCAGUGAUGGCAGUGUCUCCGGUGAAGCUUGGGGGGCAGAGACUGGGGGUGGGGCCUCAUCCAUAGGUAAGGGGGAGACUCCCAUUGAGAGGGAAAUCCGCAUUGCCCAAGAAAGAGAGGACAGCCUGCGGCGAGAGAGGGGGAUCAAGUGCAUCGAUAAGGAGAUGGUUGAGAUCAAGACUAAGCCUUUGCUCUCCCAGCCUGGCCCAUCUCUGACACCCACCAAGCCUAAGGAAAAAAAUCGGGUGAGUUUCUUCAUACAGCGGGAGAUUGAGAAAGAGUGCCAGAGGGAAGAGGACCUUCAGCAUCAAGGCAAGGUGCCGGGCUUGUAUGACCGCGGAACGGCCCAGGAGCUGGAGGAAAGAAAAAGGAUCUUUGAGCAGCAAACGGACCAGAUUCCAGUCAUGCCCAUCAAGCGCAGCCUCACGGGGAACUUACUGGAUGCUGUGCAGGUCAGAUCAGGUGGAGACACGGGAAAAGGGACUGUGGAGAGGAACAGCGUCUCUGAGACAGAAAAUGUUCUUUCUCCCUGUUGCCCCCACCGACAUCCUGAUGAGUCAUUACUGCGGCUGUCUAGCUCUGAGUACUCCACGCAAAUUUUGGCAGCUCAAAAGAAAAACCAGGGCCUUGCACAUGCUGUGCCCACUUUGAUUUCUGAGGACAAAGGUGGCAUUGAAGAUGGUGAGGGAAACCGAACCACAGCUUCCCCAGUCGUCAACUCUAACGAUUCACACUGGCGUGUGGCAAGUAAAGGGUCAGCCUCCGUAAGAGAGCUUUUUUCUGCUAAGGAUGCCCCUUUCUCUUCCCCUGACACAUGCAGUGUUUCCCCAUUGCUGGGGCCUGCUCCGGCUGGCAAGCCCACCCUGCGCUGGAGCAGCCACUAUGAGCAGUUCAGCCUGAGGCCCCGCAGUGUGCGCACCCCUGAGGCCAUCAGGAAGGAGAUCGAGCAGGAGAUGAAGAGGGAAGAAGAGCUGCGAAGGCAGCGGGCAGCCAGAGGCACGUCCCUCUUCACGAACGGCAGCCUGGACAGCUCGGGUCAGACUGCUUCCUCUGCAGACACCAACGUUCCAGCACCACCGCAGCCUAAUGAGUCAGAUGAAACAUCACCACAGGACCUGAAGCUGUCAACGGGACAGGAAGAGCCCAGUCCUGCUGCACUCCCUGAGGAAAAGGCAGCAAAAGGCAGGCCCAGGCCAUCAUCCUUCUGGGGCACAGACACUGUUGACUUCCAGGAAACUCCCCUAAUUAGCCCAAUUCUCACACCAGAUAAGACCACAAUCAGGGCCUCACCUUCCCCUUCCCCUCAUGUAGCCACUCGUCUCCCCUCUGUCUACAUAAUGACUGCCCAGCCAUGGACCACCCCUCGGCAGGACUCUCCCUCUCUUCCCAGAGUCUUACCACUCAUGCAGCAGAGCACUCGGGGUGAUGCUGGGGGUGUCACCCCCCAGAAGGGCCUGACCGAAACCCUGCUGGAGGACUUUGAGGAAAGGCGCACCAAACAGAAACUGGAUGAGAGUUCGUAUGCUGGGAUCCUGCCCACUGAUGAGGUAAACAAUGAGGUCCUAGAGGCCACGCGAGUCACCAGACACAAAAAUGCGCUCACCCUACGCUGGGAAGCAGGCAUGUAUGCCAACGAGGACGGCAACUGAAUCAGCUGACCGCCUGGGCUCUGCCGCUGGGAGAGGGAGAGCAGGGUGGUUCUGCUAAUCUCCAACAUCAGGCUUUUACCGAAGGUGCAAGAAGACUUUUCUCCCUGAUUUUCCUCAGCAGUCAUACCCAUCAUCAUCACUGUUUGUAUCUGUCUGGUCUCGUCGGACAGAAUAGCCAGCUUCCCCAUGAGACAAACCCCGUCCAUCAACGCUGAACCCAGAUGAAAACAAUCUCUAAAUAUAAUGGAUAUUUGUUUUAUUCAACAUGACCCGAAUGAGAUUGUGCUUCUAAAAGAAGGAGCUGCUACAUGUUCCUUCAAGAAAUGUAAGAGGAUGCAAGAAAAGAAAUGAGAGAGAGGAGUUGGUUACUGAAGCAGUGAAAAUAACCACUCACUGGAAAAUCCAGGUGUAAUGCUGAAUGUACUCUUUUCUGAGUAGAAUACACUGUCUGCUUAGAAUGCAUUGGAUUUUCAGAUGGAAUGGUGUUCGAAAUCUUGUGCAAAUGACAUCAAAAGAACAACAAAAAUGUAUCAGCAUAUUUCAGUUAUGUUUUAAAUCUGCCAGCCACAGCAGGGGAAUGCUGCUCACUCAUGCUGUUCCCUCUCGAAUCUGCAUUAAAUGGGAAGAGAAACUGUAGCACUUUGAGCAGGGUACUCUCACCCAAAUACAUUUAAUAUAAGCAUCCAAAUUCAAACAUGUAUUUCCAAAGAGUGAGUGAUUGCAUUAAAUUCCUUUCACAUGCAAUAAUAUGUUAGCAGUAAUGUAGUCCUUUAAUUUGCCUGCUCCUCACACCACAUUUUCAGAUUAAUUAGUAACAACAUAUUAAAAAGGUAUGUCUGUCCUUAAUGCAUCUACUUGACAAGGGGCAUAUUAUAUGGUGUGAUCAGGUGUGAACUCACUGAAGGUAGACAUACAUGAAAUGCUGUUUCUGACAGCCAAAUCAUUUACUGAUACUGGACUGUCUAAUCAGUGCUGCCUUAGCCCCUUAGAAAUUUAGUAGUUUCACUUUGCCGUAAUGAAUGUAAAAUUAGGUCUAUUCCUAAC